GAAGAUCAUAAAGUACCCCUUGAAUUUAUCCAAAUAUAUGGUUCAUUCAAUGGCAUAUAUUGGCCUACCUAUGAGUUAUAUCAUAAAAUUAUUGAACCUUUUCAACAGAAGUCUAUACCUCCAUGACAUAUGAAUGCAAUUUUGAAUAGUUCUAUGACACAAAAAAUUGAAACGGACUUAAUAAUCUCAAGGUCAAAUAAUUUCCAUUCAAGAGGUCUUCAGGAAAAUGGCAACAACAAAUACUGUGAAAUUUCUCCGCCGCUUUUCCGGUAUAUUGCAGAAGCAGCAGGCGUUACCCUUGCACAAACACAACUCAAAUCUACAGAAGAGGACAUUCUACUUGUAUUCACAGGAACCAUUUCACCCUAUCCCCGGGAAGGAGCCAGAGCACUGCAAAGCAGCAGAAGCAGUCAAAGUUGUCCAAUCAGGACAUCGAGUAUACAUCCAUGGAGUUGCAGCUACACCCAUUCCAUUGGUGGAAGCACUGGCCAAUCAUGGCAUAGAAUCAAAUCUCCGGGAUGUUGAGCUGUUACAUAUUCACACUGCAGGCCCAGGAACAUUUGCGCAGAAAGAAUAUGAAGGAAUAUUUAGAAGCAACUCUCUGUUUAUGGGGCCUAAUGUUCGUGAAGCCGUGAAUGCUGGGAGAGCUGAUGUCAUGCCUAUAUUUCUCAGUGAUAUUCCACAUUUGUUUCGCAGGAGAAUACUCAAUCUUGAUGUUGCUAUGGUUUCUGUAAGCCCCCCAGAUGAACAUGGGUAUUGUACGCUAGGACCCAGUGUGGAUUGUACAAGAGCUGCAGUGCAAAAUGCUAAAACCAUUGUGGGUAUGGUCAACAAGAAUAUGCCAAGGACAUUUGGGGAUGGAAUAAUUCACAAAUCACACUUUGACUACAUGGUAGAAGGGCACAUGCCCCUUCCUGAGCUGUCCAAACAUGAACUAGAUCUGCUCAUGGUUGAUCUCCCCCUGAGUGAUGAUUAUGUAAACCCUUCAGAAAGAGAGCAGAAAAUUGGCAAAAGUAUCGCAGAAAAUCUCGUAACUGAUGGAGCAACUUUACAAAUGGGUAUUGGCAAUAUCCCAAACAUAGUUUUAAAGCAUCUCCACAACCAUAAAGACCUAGGUGUCCACACUGAGAUGUUCAGUGAUGGAGUGAUUGACCUUGUGGAGAAUGGAAACAUCACAAAUGCAAAGAAAGUUAUACAACCUGGCAAGAUCGUAGGAGCAUUCUGUGUUGGCACUAGACGCUUGUAUGACUUCUUGGAUGACAACCCUUUUGUAGUAAUGGGAGAUGUGGCUCAUGUGUGUAACACAGCAGUAAUAGCACAGAAUCCACGAGUGACAGCCAUCAACUCUUGUAUUGAAGUGGACAUAACAGGCCAGGUCGUCUCUGACAGCAUUGGAAACAAAAUGCAUUCUGGUGUUGGAGGUCAGAUUGACUUCAUUAGAGGAGCAUCACAAGGUUUAGAUGGCUUGGGGAAACCUAUAUUGGCUAUGACUUCUACAACACGUCAUGGUCAGACAAAAAUAGUACCCGACAUUCACAAGGGUGCGGGAGUGGUGACCACGAGGGCACACGUUCACUAUAUUGUCACUGAAUACGGAAUCGCAAAUCUCUUUGGAAAAAAUAUCAGACAGAGGGCAUAUGAACUGAUACGUAUUGCUCACCCUGAUCAUCAAGAAGAGUUAGAAAAAGCAGCAUUUGAGAAACUUAAUAUCAUGCCAACUCCCUAAAUGCUAAAUUUAAUUGAAUGACAAUUUGGAUAAAUUAGGGUAAAACCUUCUGCCAUUGGCUGCCAUUAUAUUUUGAUAUUUUUACUUAUAGCUGCACAGUAUAUACUAAUAAAAGCAGUUAGGGGGCUUGUAGAUCCAUAAUUAGAUGGCGCUGGGUGAUGUGCUUACCAGCAACACUGGAUAAUUUAGCCUGUCUACACUGAUUUUAUGAUUUGCUGUAUAAAGCGCUGUUUCAAAUCACAUACACAUGUACAAUAAAACGAGUGUAUGGAAUUAUAACACUUCUCAAAUGAAGACCUUCUACACUUUCUGCUAUAAUAGCUUGAUGGUAGAUGUUUGCAUGACAUGACUAACUGUAUUCUGAAUAAGCCAGUUUCUAAAGUCGUUUACUAUAGGCUUUUUAGCCA